AUGUACGUCGCGCGGGAGUCUACCAAGCUGUGGAGGAGGGUGUGCGCGGAGACGACGGCGGAGCUGCAGCUUCUGUUCGAGAAGUGGCAAUUGCUCCUUGCAGGGUUGGUGUUUCAGUACAUCCAUGGAUUGGCUGCUCGAGGAGUACAUUACUUGCAUCGGCCCGGACCACUGCUCCAGGACUUGGGAUUUAUGGCCCUUCCAGAGCUUGGCCAAGAGAAAGGUUAUCUUAGUGAGAGCGUAUUCACUUUCAUCUUCAUUUCCUUUCUGUUGUGGAGUUUUCACCCUUUUAUUUAUCAUAGCAAACGUUUCUACACUGUUCUACUAUGGCGAAGGGUGCUGGCAUUUCUAGUUGCUUCGCAGUUUUUAAGGAUUAUAACAUUCUAUUCCACUCAACUUCCUGGUCCCAAUUAUCACUGUCGUGAGGGCUCAAAACUGGCCACUCUCCCACCACCAAAUAAUGCACUUGAAGUGCUUCUGAUUAACUUUCCUCGUGGAGUGCUUUUUGGUUGUGGUGAUCUGAUAUUUUCAUCUCACAUGAUCUUUACCCUUGUUUUCGUACGCACAUAUCAUAAAUAUGGCUCAAACAGGUUGAUUAAGCUCCUUUCUUGGCUGAUGGCUAUAAUUCAGAGUCUUCUUAUAAUUGCUUCUCGCAAGCACUACACUGUGGAUGUUGUUGUUGCUUGGUACACUGUUAAUUUGGUUGUGUUCUUUGUUGAUAAGAAGCUGCCAGAAAUGCCAGAUCGUACAAAUGGAUUAUCUUUGCUUCCUGUAAGCUCAAAGGAUAAAGACGGCAGGAUGAAGGAAGAACUUCAUAAACUUGAGAAGGACGGGAGGAUGAUGGAUGAGUUCCAUAAAUUGUUAAAUGGAAACACUGUCGAUGCUACAGAUUGGCGACAACGAGUGCAGAUGAAUGGAAAGCAUGGAGAAGACACGAACCACACAGUGUCUGAUGCCACCCCUACUGGGACAUGA